AUGGCGACUGCAUUCUGCGAGACGCCUCUCAAAUCCCACACGGGACUCUUUUCCUCCCGGACCGCUGGCGGACGGAUGCCAUUGACGCCGUCCCCACGUCAACGCGCCGUUGCCGUGGCUGUUGCCAAUGUCAACUCGUCGCCAUGCACCCCCGAUGAGAGCUACAAGCCUGCUGGAAAGUCGAGCUACACGGCCAAGCUUGCAGCUCAUCUUGCCGCAAAGCAGCAGCGUGACUCGCCCAAGUCGAACAUCGCCCGCGGUGUUUCCACUCCUCGCAAGGCCCUCGAGCUUGGCGUCUCGGACUUCACCCUGACCGGUACAGGUCACCAGGCAACCAAGACCCCCUCCAGCACCAAGACAAGGAAGACUAUUAGGCAGAAGACUUCCAAGACGUCAGUCAGCUAUGCCGCCGGUGACCGCUUUAUCCCCAACCGUACUGCAAGCUCCGCUAUUGCCAAUGUCGGUUCUGGCAAGCUGGAUAUGCAUGAGAGGCGACCCAAGAGCAGCAGCAGCGAGUCGUCUGGCGUUCUUUCCUCGGCUGCUGACGAGGCCCUUGCCGCCCUCGAGGCCCUUAACAUUGGUGAUGAUGAUGACGAAGCUGAGCCUUACUCGCGUCCCUCGCCCAACACCGCAGCAUACCAAAACUCCAUCGCCAACGCCUGCGGAGUUAGCCUUAACACACGCAUCCUGGAGUUCAAGCCUGCGCCCCCAGAGUCAUCCAAGCCCAUCGAUCUCCGCCAGCAGUACAACCGUCCUUUGAAGCCUGCCAGCUCUUCCUCGGCACAGUCUCGCCGCCGCAUCGCCACCGCUCCUGAGCGUGUUCUUGACGCCCCUGGCCUGAUUGAUGACUACUACCUGAACCUUUUGGACUGGAGCUCUGGAAACCAGGUCGCCAUUGGCCUGGAGCGCAAUGUUUACGUCUGGUCGGCUGACGAGGGUAGUGUUAGCUGUCUCCUCGAGACCAGCCCUGACACGUACGUCAGCAGUGUCAAGUGGUCGGCAGAUGGCGCCUAUGUCAGUGUGGGUAUGGGAACCGGCGAGGUGCAGAUCUGGGACGUCGCCGAGGGCGCCAAGGUCCGCAGCAUGCACGGCCACGACACCCGUGUUUCCGUCAUGGGAUGGAACAAGCACCUCCUCUCUACCGGUGCCCGCUCCGGUCUGGUCUUCAACCACGAUGUGCGCAUCGCUGAGCACAAGGUUGCCGAGCUCGUCUCUCACACCUCGGAGGUCUGCGGCCUCGAGUGGCGCUCCGAUGGUGCCCAGCUCGCCACUGGUGGCAACGACAACCUUGUCUCAAUCUGGGACGCCCGUUCGCUCGCCGUGCCCAAGUUCACCAAGACCAACCACAAGGCCGCCGUCAAGGCUUUGGCCUGGUGCCCCUGGAACAUGAACCUGCUGGCCACCGGUGGUGGCUCGUACGACCGCCACAUCCACUUCUGGAACUCGACCUCAGGCGCUCGCGUCAACAGCAUUGAUACCGGCUCGCAGGUCACCAGCUUGCGCUGGAGCCCUCACUACCGCGAGAUCGUCAGCUCGAGCGGCUUCCCCGACAACUCGCUCAGCAUCUGGAGCUACCCAACCCUCGUGCGCACCGUUGAGAUCCCCGCCCACGAGAGCCGUGUCCUGCACAGCUGCCUUAGCCCCGACGGCCAGAUGCUGGCCACCGCGGCUGCCGACGAGAGCCUUAAGUUCUGGAAGGUAUUCGAGAAGAAGCCUGGUGCUAGCUCCGCCGGCCUGGGUGCUUCCAGCAAGGCCGACAUGGUCAAGCAGAUGACUAUCCGCUAA